AUGGAGUUAAAAAACGAUCUGGUUAGUGGAAUUAGAGAAUGUUUACCCCCAGACAUCGUACAAUUGUUGCUACCAUAUUUGACUCCAAAAGAUAUUAAAAAUUUAUCUUUAACAAAUAGAUACUUCAAUGAGCUAUUAGAUUAUAGAACCUCAUCAAUACUAUGGCAUGAAUUAUUUAGAAAAUCUUUUGGUGAUCCAUAUACUAAUGAUGAGCCAUUUAUCUCUAAAGGUUCAAAUGAAUUUCACACAUGUGGAGAAACUAUUCUAUUGAAGACUCAUCCUGGUCAAACAUGGGACAAGCUAUAUAAUUUAAGGAAAUACCGUAGUUCGGUAUUUACCUGGGGCUGUGUGAAACACGGGAGACUUGGUUAUACCAUGAGUUCUAAUUCAAGGUUAUCACAAGAUGCCAUAAAUCAACUGGAUAGACGUCUAACAUUCGGAGUUUGUAAACCCACGGAGAUACCAUGGAUGCUUCACUCAAUUCCAAUAUCAGGACGAGCUAAUAGUUGGACUGGUGCUGAGGAAGAAGAAGAUGCAAGGGGCUCACUUCUUGAUGAUUAUGACAGAUCCAUUGUUCAGAUAUCUGGUGGAGGAUUCUCUUUCCAAAUUUUGACGCAAUCAGGAAAAUUAUACUCUACUGGCGCUACUUAUCAUGGGGGACACAAUGGCCCAGGACCCCUAGCUGGUGAGCGCGACUUCCAACCAAUUGAUGAAACGAUACGUGAAUUAGAAAGAAGCUUACCAUUGAUACAAGGUGGUCCAUUUAGAGUUUUAGGUUCCAUUGGUGAUCCAGUUAGAGUGAGGAACCCUGCACACACAACGAAUUUGACCGGAGCUUUUAAUCAGCACGAGGAUAUAUAUGAAAGUUUAAUGAGGUUAAAUGAAAUAAGUUCUAAGUGUCUACCAGGAAAUGAGCAAGUCAGACGAAUGUUUCCUAAGUUCAUAUUCAACGUAAGAGACCCGAAAGAUUUCCAGGAAUCUUUGAUUGAAAGCAUACGUUUUGUUGCUGUCAGUUCUGGAAGAUCUCAUUUUCUUGCAUUAGAUAGCCAAAACGAACUUUACUCAUGGGAUGGUAGAGAAGUCAACCAUGGAGUAAAACUACUAUUUGAAGGAUUACCUCCUAGGACUACAAAUCCCAUAUUGAAGAUCAGUUGCGGGUGGAACUGCAAUUGCGUUUUCAUAUAUGACAUUGGUUUAGUGGUCUGGAAAUCAAGGGACGCAACCAAGGGCAUAGAAGGAUCAGCCAAGGCACAUUACAAAGUUAUUCCGGGAACUGCCUCUGUUAAUGGUGACAGCAAAGUUGUGGACUUUGCAUGUGGAUCUGACAACGCUGUGUUUUAUAUUACUAACGAAGGAGAGAAACUAUGGCUCUAUUCUAAUGACAUUGAGAAAUAUGUCGAUCUUCCAAUCGAAGGAAGAAUGGUAAAAAUACAAGCAUCCAACACUACUCUGGCUAUCUUUACUAGUGAAACUUGCUAUACUGUAGAGAUCAAAGAUGGAGAAAUCAUACACUCUUCCCUCGCAAAAAUCGAGAUAGACGCGAACGUCAAAAUCAUUUCUUUAUCCUUCGGAGAUUAUCAUGUAAUAGCAUUAUCAGAUGAUGGUUCUGUGUACACAUGGGGAUUAGAAAGCGAGAUGUGUGGUUGUCUCGGACUCGGAAAUCCAGACUCCAUUGUCUCCAGUGGCAUCGGAAGUUUCGAAAGAUCUAGAAGUGUUAGGGUUAAAAAGCCAACGAAAGUUGAGAUAGAUGGUACAUGUGUUGCUGUAACCGCAGGUGGUUGGCAGUCUGGAGCAAUUGUUAUCAAAGACUAA